CCUUAAAUUAUAAUUCCGGAUAGUAAAGUGGAUAUUUUGACAUUUCUCCCAAAAAAAAUUAAAGAAAAAAGAAAAAAAAAGAGAGAAAAGGACACAGAACUGGUCUACAGCUAAGUCGAAUACUCGAAUCAGCAGGCGCAAAGCAAGAAAAUAACAGAGCUCAACCGGUAGAAACAGUUGAAUUUUUCUAACCGGUUCCGCUAUUGUCGAACAAUAAAGUUCAGAAAACCCAAAGUGUUAAAUGGAAGACGAAGAAGAAUUCUGAGAUUGGGGCCAAUCCCUGUAUCAAAUUGUAUUUAGAUGAAGAAAUUUGAAUCCUAAUUUACAGAAAUUGAAUUUUUUUAGUCUUAUGAAUGAUACUCAGAUUGUAAUUGAUACCGAUUGCUGUGAAAUUGGGGGAAAAUGAAAGCAGGAAGUGCAGCGAAGCUGAUUGUUGAUGCAUUGCUGCAGAGGUUCCUUCCGCUUGCUAGGCGUCGCAUUGAAACUGCUCAAGCUCAGGAUGGCCAGUACCUUCGGCCAUCAGAUCCAGCCUAUGAGCAAGUAUUGGAUUCAUUAGCUAUGAUUGCUCGGCACACGCCUGGUCCUCUUCUAGAGGCUCUUCUAAGAUGGAGAGAAAGCGAAUCUCCCAAAGGUGCAAAUGACGCAUCAACAUUUCAGAGAAAGCUUGCUGUGGAAUGCAUCUUUUGCUCUGCAUGUAUUCGCUUCGUUGAGUGUUGUCCACAAGAAGGGCUUACAGAGAAGCUUUGGAUUGGGCUUGAAAAUUUUGUUUUCGAUUGGCUAAUAAAUGCAGACAG